AUGUCUAGCGAUGUGACCAUAUCAUCUUUCAUUAUUUCCCUUGAUAUUGUCCACCCUAACUUCGACAUACUAACAUUCAGCGAUUUUCUCAAAACAAACUACAAAAAAGACUUAAUUGUAAUUAAUGCAACAGAUUUUAUCGAUCCAACUGGCGGAAGAUCAUCAAGAUCUGAUGCUAGAGGAGAGAAAAAGCCAAAACCAGACAAUUCCAUUACUAUUGCGCGAGGAAUUAAAUCGAAAAUUGAUGCAGAAAUUUCAAAACUCAUAGAUAGUAAGAAGCGUCACAUUGCACAACAAGAAAAGGCUAAAGGAAAGGAUCCAAAGAAAAGUAAGCAUACAUCUGAGCAACAAAUUCUAUUUGGUGGCCAAAUCGAAGUCGUUUUUUGCAUUAUCAGCUUUCCAUAUACGCCAUUACAGCUCAAAGCACUUGAAGAGUCAGGAAUAGACAUUGGAGCCUUCAUUGCUUUGAGAUCUCAAGUUAUUACUUCACAAUUAUCAGAAGCAAUGGUACAUCACAAGAGUAAUGAUAAAUCUGCACGUGCAACAGCGAAAAGAUCAUUAAUAGAAGGUGCUGAUAUGGAUUCUACUGUUAAUGUUGGUGUUUUUCCACCAUUACGUUGGGCUCAAUUAAAACCAAACGCAAAAACAGAUUUAGUAUUUGAUUCAUUGAUUACCGGAGAUACACAUGAAGAAGCAUUCGAAGUUUUACAAAAAGAAAUCGGAAAAAUCAUUCGCGGAAGAAAUCAAUUUCAUGAAACGUUCGAAAACAGAGUUUUCAAGUUUAUUCCACCAGCACAAUUAAAUCUUAACCUCGAGAAAUUCAAAUACUUCCUUAAAAUGAGCCCAGGAAACAUUUACGACGCUAUAUAUUAUUAUAUUUUCAAUAAUGGCCAAAAUGACCCUCCUCCUGUUAUCUCAACUACCACACCUGCCGAUCCCUACAACAAUAUGUUCAAAAAUCUGCUUAAAGACAUCUCCAGACAGUUUGUUGCGAAUCCAAAACGAGAUGACGACGAAGAUUUCACAAAUCCAAUAGUUACAUACCCAUCUAUACCAUCAAUCUUCGAUACUGUCUACAGUUUGAUCAACUGGGAACCAAUAGAAGACCGUGGUCUUGCAGAAAGAGCUGUUUUCAAAUUUUACCAAGACCAAGAUCAGUAUUAUUGUGCGGCCGGCCAUCAUUUAGAGACAUUAGCUGUUAAAGCUAACAAGCAGUACAUGCUUGGCCUUCCUUCUGCAUUUUAUGAUUGGCAGAACUGGUGUUAUUUCAAAGAACACGUUGAUUGCAUGGAUUUUCUUGAAGAAGCAAUACAAAAUUCUUUAAUUGUUACUUCUACUUUGGAAGAAAGUGUUGGAAUAUUAUGGAUAUUGACCAUGGCUCCUGUUUCCAAACAAAUUGGCUUUACUAAGAAAGAAUUAUAUUGUCCAAUGGUUAUUGAUGGAAUUUCCGAAUGGUUAGAGAAUGUUUUUGAACAGAAAGAAGUCCAAGAAAAGAAAUCACGUGUUUCUGAGAAGAUUGCUGAUCAAAUAAGACACAAUAAGAUCAAUUCUAUAUUGCCACCAAUCCAACAAAGGCUUUCCAAUGAAAAAGAUCCAAUUUAUUUGUUACCUUGUUCUCAUUCUGAAAACAUUUCAUUGUCUACACCUUAUUUAUUCAUUAAAGGCUUGAAAGUUGUUGUAAACAGAGACAUUUAUUACAGUCAGCCUUCAUUUGUUGUCAACACUUAUUUCAACCAAGAUUUGUCUGCAACAACUGACUGUAAAACAACAAAUGUUUACGAUGGCGAACUAAAAAUGAUGUUUGGUCCUUCAAACGAAAUGACUGUUUUCAUGGACAAUUAUUCCAUCAGAAUGACAGAAGAAAAAGUCGUUUUAUCGAUGAUAAACAAACCAAACAUUUUGAUAAACAACAAAGGAGAAAUUGUUUUUAAUUACGAGAACACGAAAUAUGUUGUUACUCCACAGGGAACAAUUGGAAAACAAACAGAAGAUGGUUGGUUGUGGACAGAAAAGAAUGGAAUGACUUAUGUGUAUAAGAACGGACAGAAACUCGUGUGUAAUAAUGAUAGAAUACAAGAAAUCUACAAUUACUACACGAAAAUUAAGAAAUACGUAAGAAGAGAUAACUUGGAUGUAGAAGAACAUGAUGAUGGAACAAUUGUUGUCACGUUUUCAACUGAUUUUAUAUUGAGAUUUUCAAAGAACCAGAAUUAUUAUCAAUUACCAGGUUUCCCUGAUAUCACUGUAAAGAAUGAAGGAUUUUCUUUCUCUGUACAAGGUAUUAAUUUCUCUGCAAGUAAGAAUAGUUUCACAGGAUGUUCAGAAAAAUUUACAGCAACAUUAAAUCAAGGUUCUGUAAAUAUCAAGUGCGGAGAAACAGUUGAAAACAUUGCAAAUGAUGUAGUACAAGCCAAAUGCGGUGAUGAAAUACUUUAUACAAGUUCUGAAGGCUUGGAAAGAUUCGGUUUCGUUCCUUCCCCUGAAGAACCUGUCAACAAAAAACUCGAAGUUGUUUCGACACUUUGGGGAAACAUUGUUCCAUUUAAAGAUGUCCAAAACGACCAGAGAUUGUUAGAUUUGCAUAAGAUGUUCUGUCCAAGAUUCUUCGCAGUAAGACCUGAUUUCUCUGCCACUGAAUUCAUCCAUAAAUCACAGAUUCCUUUGGGAGAAGAAAACAAUUUCAGAGUUUACGAAGAAGAAGAGAAAAUUUCUGCGGAUUUAUCAUUGGAUGUUGUUUCUUUGCAUAAAAAAGAUAAAAUACCAUUGUUCUUCUACAAGACGAACAUCCCUGAUAAACAAGCAAGGUUUGGAAUAUUAAAGACUUUGACAAUUCCAAAACCGAAACCGCAAAAACCGUCAUCUUCACGUAAACCAAAGAAAAAUGAAGUUAUCGAAGAUCCAGCCGAUAUUUUGGAUUCCGCCGAAACAGAGAGGAUGAUUUUCACGGAAAACAGGAAGAGAAUGUCCACAUUAAUGGAACAGAUCAUCACACAAAGAGAGGAGAGAUUCCUCUUGGAGAUAAACCCACCAGAACCUGAACCUGAAGAGCCAUUGCCUCAGCCCCCUGAAACUCCUUCUCCUGCAAUUUUGAUUGCUCAAAUGCAAAAAUUCACAGAAAAACCAAGUAAAAGUGACAAAUUUGACUUCUGGAGUUCUCCUGAAGCUUUGUACGCAAAACCGGAAGAUCCAAACAAGAUCAAACCACGUGUGCAAGAGCCUCGAAUGCAUAUGCAUGACUUAGUAACUCCUGAAAUCAAACCUGAUAUCGAUGAACCUCCAAAAAUCGAACAAACUUCUCCGAAAACUCCAGAAAAAGUUAAAAUGGCUGCUCCAUUACCUAGAACAAGCCCAAGUACCCCACAAACAUCUACAAGAAUGUAUAGAACAGAAGUGUCUAGACCUCAGACUGCUUCUGGAUCUCAUUCUGCCGAUUUCAUGACGAUGCAUAUUGGAGAUACUGGUUUGCAAAUUGUGAAGAUUCAGAAUACUUCGAAUGAACAAAUGAAGUACUCUUUCUCACAGCCAACGCAUCCGGAUAUUACUAUUCUCACAGUGCCUGGUGUUUUGGCAGCUGGAUUGACUUUAACUAUCAAAAUUAGAUUCACGGCAAGGAAAGUUGAAAAAGUUCGUGCUAGUUUUACUGUCCAAACUAAUCAGGGAAAUAUCCCUAUUAUUUGUAGUGCUACUGUUCUUCAAUAA